AUGGCGCGCACGAAGCAGACGGCGCGUAAGUCGACGGGCGGGAAGGCGCCCCGCAAGCAGCUGGCCACCAAGGCGGCCCGCAAGAGCGCGCCGGCCACGGGCGGCGUGAAGAAGCCGCACCGCUACCGGCCCGGCACGGUGGCGCUGCGCGAGAUCCGCCGCUACCAGAAGUCCACGGAGCUGCUGAUCCGCAAGCUGCCCUUCCAGCGCCUGGUGCGCGAGAUCGCGCAGGACUUCAAGACCGACCUGCGCUUCCAGAGCUCGGCCGUCAUGGCGCUGCAGGAGGCGAGCGAGGCCUACCUGGUGGGGCUCUUCGAGGACACCAACCUGUGCGCCAUCCACGCCAAGCGCGUCACCAUCAUGCCCAAGGACAUCCAGCUCGCCCGGCGCAUCCGCGGGGAGCGCGCCUGAGGCUGCUGUCCGUUCACUGCCAAACCCAAAGGCUCUUUUAAGAGCCA